GAAGGAGGCGGGAAGAUGGGCGGGAGGUGGGAGGGAGAGUGACGCCGCUGCGCUGCCAUCUUGGGAAAGGGCGGAAGGUUUGCUGAGCGGCGUAGGCGAGCGGGGCGCGACACCUGGCAACGGGGCGGCCGCGGGGACGGGACCGGGACAGGUGUCCGUGGGAUGAGCCCCCUGCUGCCCUGCGCCACUCUGACACUCAUGGGACUGCUCCUCGCCAGGACGAUGGCCUGGACUUCCAGCGGAAAGACGCACCCCGAGCUGGUCAACAACCUCUACAAAAAAGGAAUAAUUAAAUCCCAGCGGGUCUUCGAUGUGUUACUGGCUACUGACAGAGGCCACUACAUCAAAUAUUUCCCAUACAUGGAUUCUCCUCAAUCUAUUGGAUACAAGGCUACAAUCAGUGCACCACAUAUGCAUGCCCAUGCACUGGAGUUGUUGAAGGAUCAGCUUGUGGAAGGUGCAAAAGCACUGGAUGUCGGAUCUGGGAGCGGGUACCUUACAGCUUGCUUUGCCAGGAUGAUGGGCCCAACAGGGAAAGCCGUGGGUGUAGAACACAUUAGAGAGCUGGUGAACGAAUCCAUCAGAAACGUCCAAGAAGACGAUCCGACUUUGCUCAGCUCUGGCCGUGUAAAACUUGUGGUUGGAGAUGGCAGGCAGGGAUACCCCGAGGAGGCUCCUUAUGAUGCCAUUCACGUUGGGGCAGCAGCACCAACAGUACCAAAAGAGCUGCUGAAUGAACUGAAGCCAGGAGGUCGGCUCAUACUGCCCGUGGGUCCUGAGGGUGCGAACCAAGUCCUGAUGCAAUACGACAAAACUAGUGACGGGGAGAUCAUCGAAACCCAGCUGAUGGGCGUGAUCUACGUUCCUCUGACGGAUAAGGAAAAGCAGUGGCCUCGGGACGAAUUCUGAGAGCGGGAUGGAAAUCUCUAAGCUCACCUCAGAAAGCUCACGGACAGACGGGACUCGGCCGGCCUGCAUGGCUUUGCUUUUGGAGCGGGAGCUCCGGCAGCGGCUGUGCUGGCCAAGGCGAGCACUGCUUCAGCAGAGCGAGGGACGGAGAAAAGACUGAGCCGGGUCUGGCCGCGGUGCCUUGAUCCGGACGAGCCCAGCCCCGGGUGACCCCUGCAGAGAGCCGCAGGGGCAGGAGGGCUCGCAGCUCCCCGCAGCCACCCCCUAACAGAGCCCCUCUAACGCUUGGAGACAAAACAAGGCGCCCUUCCCGGCGCAGAGCCCCGAGCUCAUGUACGCGA